CAUCCACAACGUUGGCACUGACGACAGCGAUGGCACUCCUCUGUCUCGUGGCUCUGCUGGCCCCUUCGGCGACUCGGGUGGACUGUCUCGAGCUGGCGGACUAUGCUGACCUUCACAAAGACGUUGACCUCGGCUCUAACCUCGUCAGGAGACACGCCGAAGAUGACGAGACCAGACGAACACGCGAGCUGCGUCGCCUGAAUGACCUGGUGAGCAAGGACAAGCCGGACAAGACGGAGGUCAAGUCGAGGAGGAAGAGGGCGACGCUCUACUGGCCGGAAGACAGUCAGUUCGUAGCGGAAUUCUACUUCACGAUCCCCAUCUCCGCGCCCUCGGGAGUCACCAUACCCUUUACGAUUGACGUGCCCUACAAGUUCAAACUGCCCAACGUGACCUCCAGCAUCCUGGGUCGCGGGACAGCCAAUUCGAAGACCUCUCACUAUUUUAGCGAACGACUGGAUGUCUAUGGCGUCGUGGAAGGAAUCUUCGAGAAAUUCGGGAUGAACGGGAAAGCGUGCAUGCUGCGCGCCGUGUGCGAGCGAGCCGAGAGCCACCUGGUGGAGGCCGGGAUGCUCGGGGAGGUCAUCUCGACGAUUCUCGCAGCCUCUUCCGCAUCUUCGUCAGAUGAAAUAUACGAAUAUCAAACAGCAGAGUAUUAUGGCAAGACGCAUGGAGACUGUUGGAAUCUUUAUCCAGGCUGCCCAAUGUCACUCUUCAACUGGAUAGAAUAACAUUUAAGUGUUAUAUUGCUGUUGCAGGAGGUGGAUAUAUUUCAUCGAUGUAACGUGUUUUUUUUUUCGUCUUCUCGUGUAUUGAUUUUUUGACGUUUUCUUUUUUCUGGAAUAACUGAGGUCAAGGAUGGUCAUAGAAAACGGGUGAUAAGUGAACUAUGGAUGGAGGACUAACUUAUCCAUAUUUCUGGGAAAGUUUGCAUAUUUUGAUGUUAUUCAUUGUAUUAAUGGUAAUUUUCAUUUAAAGCAAUCUGAUUACUAAAAUGGUUUUUGAAAACGGUCCGUAAAAGAUUUAACAAAGUCGUAAUAAGAAGUAAGAAGAAAUAUAGAGCAACAAUAAAAAAUAAUAGAAUUAAUCAACCAACUCGGACGAUAAAGCUCAAUGUCAAGACCAUUAAUACACGUCUUUGAGCUUUAAGGGAACUCGAUUACAGACGAGACAAACUCACUGAUUUACGCGAUGAGAAAUAGAGCAAAAAUGUGUAAUAAAGAGGAAAAAGAAAGAUAAAAUACACGAGAGACAGAAAAUUAACUUCCAGUCAUUAGGAACGAAGGAAUAUCAAACACAGUAGUUCAUUAUGCGAUGUACAAAUGAUAACGUAUCUUAGCUUUUUUGUAUCCUGUUUCUGUUAUUAAAUUUAUAUGUGUACUUUCAUUUAUUUAUUUUACAUCUCCAUAUUCAUUUCGUUUAAUUUAUCUUUAUUUAUUUUUACAUAUAUUCAUUCCUACUAACUUCUUUUAUCUGUUCUAUAUCUACAUAUUCAUUUUCUCAUUUUUUCUAUCAUAUACUUUGUAUCUAAUCGUUAAUUAUUUUAUAUCUUUAUUAUUUUCUUUCUCACAUACCUCAUCUUGUUUUGCAUUAGCUAGAUAUCAUAUUUGGUGUAUCACUUAUUUAUUUAUGAUAUUAUUAGUUUACAAUAAAUGUAUUUAUGUUGUUAUAUAGGAUUUGUGUUCAAAGAGAUAUAAACCGUUAUGUUGAUGUGUAUGUUAGUGGGAUGAUGCAAGAACAAUAUCCUGUUUUGGUUAUAUAUUUUGAAAUAUUUAUUGUUUGAAAUGUAUACAUAUAUGUAUAUAUAUGU